AUGUUCAGGAUUCAUACAGGCUGGUCUUCUAUGAGCACCAAAAGCCUCAUCUCGAGAAUCUUUGGGGGUGGAACCCUUUACCAGCCCAUUUACUCCACAGAAAGGUAUAGCGGCCAAUCUCUGAUAGUCCGAACACUUUCCAACAUUUCUACAUGCGGACCAGAGCACGAAUCAUGGCAGGGCGGGAGCCGAGACGGAAGCUGGGGGAUGCCACCACAGCAUCGUGGAAAGAUCUGUCACUCGGAAGAUCCUUACCCUGGCUCAGAGCACUACGCAAGGUUGACAGCCUUCGGGACUAUAUCUGGUGACUUCAAGUUUUUGUUUCCUGGACUUGGAAACCUUACGUGCUCCAGGACACAGGAGCAGAGCUCUCAAUUUUGCCUUCUAGAGAGCCAGGAGACAUUGGUUACGACCCAUACCGCCCAGCUUCUUGCUCACUCAACACAGUUCACAAUCCAUACUGCUCAGCACGAUGUAUAUCUUGUACGACGGACCAAUGGAAACCUCAGGCGUGCACGCCCCGCCCUCGCACCUUCCUUCCCAACUUCACCUUCCAUCCUACCUCCAUCUUCAAACACAAUCCAAUCCACCAUGCACCCAAACCCCAACCCCAACCCCAACCUCCUCUCCCUCCCCUUAGAACUCCGCGAACAAAUCUACACUCACGCCUUCACCUGCACCGACCCGCACGCCUACUGCAUCUGGCACGGUCUCCUCCUAACACUAGUCGACGGCAAAAUCUACAAACCCUUCACCCACCGUCCCCACAACUUGGGCAAAAAUUUGAAAAAAUGCGGCUCCUCAGCCCUCCCUCUGCUCAGAACCUCGAAAAAAUUACAUUCCGAAGCUUCGAAAAUUUUCCACGAGAAUUUAGAGGUGCGGAUACAUAUUGACGGAAGAUAUCGAUCACCGACAGAGAUCAAAGGCCUUGAACUCGGACGUGUGGAAGACGUGGGAUUUUUACGAGGGGUGAGAAUUUGGGAUGUUACGGUGCGGCUCGAGAAUUUUGAGGAUGUGGAGAGACUUGUUGAGCAAAUAAAUUCAAUCCAGGCUAUUAUUCUUGUGGAGUCCGGGAGGAGAGGGCGAGUUGUUGAGUGGAGGAAAAUUUCUGUGCAGAUUUCUAGGUAUGCGGAUGAGGAGGAUGCUGGAGGUGGGAGGAGGGUGAUUGAGGCGGUGAAGGGUUUGACGGGAGUGCAGGCGCUGGAGGAAAUUCGGGAUCAUGGGGCGGAGGGAGGGGAGGUUUCGCUGCUGUCAUUCUGCUGGACUUGGAUGUAUGCGGGAGAUUACAUUAUACGAGAUCGGGACAUGAUGUUUCUACUCUCUAUGUGGGAGGAUGAAAUCACUACACGCCGGCAUCUCUCCAUAUCCAAUUAUUCUUCAGUGAACGGACUCGAAAACACUUCUCAUGCAUUCGCUCUCCGUCAGGCUGAGAACAUGUCGCAGAUCUCCAAACAUAGCUUGAAGCUUCCCCUGUCCACUAUGACAGCCUCAUGGUCCCAUACAGGAGCUCAAAUUCCUAUUCCAGCCUGCUGCCGAACUCCAUCAGCAAUAAAAUCAUUCCUAACAAUGAUCUCAAUAUCCACAGCUUAUACCCUUCUCCAGAGAACUCACUUAGCCUUUGGAAGUGUAGGUAUCGCGGCGAGCAACGACCAUAUAUUUUUGCACCUUUCCUGGUGCUCUCGCUGA